CGGCAGCUGACCCGGAUGUUCCUCCAUUAGCAACAUGGCGGCCGCCGUCAGCAGCAACAUUGUCGUCUCGUUGUUGCGUUGCUAAAGUGUCAGUUAGCUCCUUCAGUCCUGAUCCAGCAGAGUCUCUGUAUGUCUGGAUAAACCUCUGAAUGGACUUCUAGAGGUUCACCUUUGUUUCUGGAUGUUGUUCCUCGGACUCAUCUCCCGGUAGCCUACAAAGAUAUUCAAGUUAGCUUAGCAUGCUAACAGACCGACGGGGACGGAAGUCAGCAACACAGCGCUAGUCCCAGUUUAAAGGAGAGCAAACGGGCUUUGUGACGGAGUUUGUGUGGAGGAAACGUUUCUGUCGUUGUGUGAAGAUGUCUAAAGUCCAAAUGCUGAGAUGUUUAGUCAACCAGCGACUAACUGCGGCUGCGCAAGAGAUAUUUGGGCUGUUUGAAAGAACCAUAGCAGAGUACGAGGAGGAACUUUGUAGUUCCAGAGAGGAGAACGAGCGACACCGGAAACGACUGGACGCUGUGUUCAACCCGGAAGUCCGGAAUCAAAGAGCAGACCUCCAGCAGCUGUUGGUGGUUCAAGAAGAGGUUCCCCCUGAGCAGCAGGACUGGAUCUCCAGUCUAGACCAGGAGGACCCAGAGCCCCCCCACAUUAAAGAGGACCAAGAGGACCCAGAGCCCCCCCACAUUAAAGAGGACCAGGAGGACCCAGAGUCCCCACACAUUAAAGAGGAACAGGAGGACCUCUGGACCAGUCAGGAUGGAGAGCAGCUUCAAGGUCUGGAGGAGGCUGGUAUCAAGUUCUCAUUCACUCCUCUGAAGAGUGAAGAUGAAGAAGAGGAAGCUCAGUCUUCUCAGCUUCAUCAAAGACAAACUGAACACAUGGAAACAGAAGCUGAUGGAGAGGACUGUGGAGGACCAGAACCAGACAGGAAGUCAGAUCCACAUAGACCUACAGAACCAGAUAUUGAUGAGAAGACUGGAGACUCUUCUGAACCUGAGACUGAUGACUGUGAUGAUUGGAAGGAAACCAGAGAACCUCAGUCAGGUUUAAACUCUCUGAAUAAUGAGGAAUUUUAUGUCAGUGAUUCACAAUUUAGUUCUGGAGAGAAACCAUUAAGCUGCUCUGAAUGUGGGGAAAGAUUUCACAUGAAGGAAGGUUUGAAGAAACACAUGAGAAUCCACGCAACAGAGAAACCUUUCAGCUGUUCAGUCUGUAAGAAAUCUUUUAAACACAGUGCAAGUGUACAGAGACACAUGGUAAUCCACACGGGAGAGAAACCGUUCAGCUGCUCCGUCUGUAAAACAUCUUUUACACGGAGUGGAAAUUUACACAGACACAUGUUAACUCACACAGGAGAGAAACUUUUCAGUUGCUCAGUCUGUAAAAAAUAUUUUACACACAGGGGAAAUUUGCAGAGACACAUGUUAACUCACACAGGAGAGAAACCUUUCAGCUGCUCAUAUUGUGGUAAAGAUUUUACACGGAGGGGACAUUUAGAGGUACACAUGUUAACUCACACAGGAGAAAAACCUUUCAGCUGCUCAGAUUGUGGUAAAGGUUUCACUGUCAGGGGAAGCCUGAAGAAACACAUGCUAAUCCACACAGGUGUGAAACCGUUCAGCUGCUCAGUCUGUAAUAAAUCCUUUUUACAGCAAUCAUCUUUGCAGACACACAUGCUAAUCCACACAGGAGAGAAACCAUAUCGCUGCUCAGAGUGUGAUGAAACAUUUCUGUGCAAUGGACAACUGAAGGUGCACAUGGUAAGUCACACAGGAGAGAACUCCCUUUAGUGGUUUUGAUAAAGUUGACAUUAAUUCCACUCCCUCACUUGUAAAUAAGACCUUGAGGUACUGGAUCUCCCUCGCUUGGGGUAGUGACUCACCUCCAACUGGGAGGAGUCUAUCCACCGAUCUCCUUCAGAGAACCAUGGCCUCAGACUCAGAGGUCCUGACUCAUCCUGACUGCUGCCCACUGGGCUGACAGAGCGUGGUCACGGUCCUAAGCAGGAGAAACUCUGAACAAGUCAUAAAAACCCAGUAACCACUACGAAGCGAUCUCCAGUACGAGGCUAUUAUCUGGCAGAGGUCACCUUGUUUGUUUUGUUUAACUUUAACUGUCCUGUUAACUUGUCAUUGGGUAUUUUAUGGACCUCCGAGUCCCGUAUGUUUGUAAUUGUAUAAAACAUUUUGUGUUGAUCUCUAAUAUUAUUGACUUUGAUCAGUAUUGUUAAGAUAAAUAAACUCUGUUUGAGUUUUAAA